AUGGCGGUCGCGCUGUGGAGAGGUCGCAGUGGCUUGCCAGCUUUAAGCCAGGGAUUCUUGAACAGUGUAAUGCUCUGGAGGGCAGGCCCACAAGGACUAGUGGUUGUGAAUAAAAAGCAGAGUAUAACAACUGGUUUUUCUGCAAAGCCAAAAGGAAAGUUGGACAAUGCUGCAGAAUAUGUUAUUGCCAGAGUUGAUGAUGUAGUGAACUGGGCUCGCAGGGGCUCUUUGUGGCCGAUGACAUUUGGUCUUGCCUGUUGUGCAGUUGAAAUGAUGCACUUUGCUGCACCAAGAUAUGACAUGGACAGGUUUGGUGUUGUGUUUAGAGCAAGCCCUCGCCAAGCUGAUGUGAUGAUUGUUGCUGGAACUCUGACUAACAAAAUGGCCCCAGCUUUGAGAAAGGUAUAUGACCAGAUGCCUGAACCACGCUGGGUUAUCUCUAUGGGAAGUUGCGCUAAUGGCGGAGGCUAUUAUCACUACUCCUACGCAGUAGUCCGCGGCUGUGACAGGAUUGUUCCAGUAGAUAUCUAUGUCCCAGGCUGCCCUCCUACAGCCGAGGCACUGCUGUAUGGAGUCCUGCAGCUGCAGAAGAAGAUUCGCCGUAGUAAGCCCAUCAGGAUGUGGUACCGAAAGUGAGGCGACGUUUUGGAAUCAAAUUGAUCCUGUACUACGCGACUGUCAGUUUUUCAAAUAUUUUUUUUUAUUGUAAAUACAAGCACUUGUGGUCAGUUACUAACAAAGCGUAUCAAAGACCUUGCUGAUUUUGUAAAGUAUUGUAGUCAUUCCCUCCUGUAAUUUCCAUGUUAAGGAUGUUGUGUUGAAAAAAAAAAUCGCUUCCUGAUAAUGUCGGACGUAUUGUAAUGGGAAAAAAACUUGCAACUCGUGAAUGACCAGUUAUAGUUGCGCGAGCUAAGUGUCUCAAUCUGUGGAAAAAGAAAUGUUACAAUAAAUUAUGAACUGUA